AUGCCUCUCAGUGCCAACCUACUGCUGGCGGCAGCUGCCCUGUGCUGCUUCGCCACCGUGUUUGCUUUUCCUAUGGAGGAAAUAACCGAAGAUGACCAGUGCCGCUGUUUAGUCACCACAGACACCUACAUCAACCCUCGAUUGUAUCAAAGAAUUGAGAUCAUACCUGUCGGGCCAAGCUGCCGCCACACUGAAAUUAUUAUCACCCUGAAGAACACCAACAAAGUAGUGUGUGUGGAUCCUGAGGCACUGUGGGUCCAACAAUUCCUCAACAGAGUCAUAAGGAAAGGUCCGUAAAAGUGAGAAUCCCCUGUCUGAGGAUGACGACACGUGCACACUUUCUCUUUAGUCAAAGUGGAAGCGAGCUCAGUUUCUGAUGUAAUAAAGAUGCAAUACUUUUUUUUAUAAAUUUCAUCUUACACAGCAAA